AUGCAAGAAAUUAUUGAUCAUAUGAAUGCCCAUAUUCCAUAUGAUACACCAGAUCAGAUGCAGGAUUGCGUUGAUUGUCUCGCUAGCAUUACAGAUACUUUAUUAUUAAAAGAAAGAUUUAUGAUGUUGAGUAACUUCCUAGAAGAAUCCAAAUUACCAAACUUCUUCCCAUCAACGAAAGCAGGUAUUCUUCAAUAUAUAUCUCAAGUCCCUAAAAUUACUGAAACAAUCACUGCCCAGCAAAUGCACUUCGUUUGCAAGCUUUACGAGUUCUUUAUCCAGAGUCCUGACCAAUUAUCUAUAGUUACUGACUUCGCAUAUAAGGAUUUGGAGCCAUUUAAUUUCCAAUUCUUUGUUUACUCAGUUAUUCCAUCGAUAUUUGGAUUCUUUUCAUGCCACGAACAUUUAGCCUACGCAUACCAAUUCUACAUGGAUGUUGUUAUGAAGCUUCCUUCAAAUGUUGUUGAAAUCGUUUUGAAACCUUUCUUUUUAUCCUCAGUUACUCUAUAUUACGUUGAAGCUGUAUACGAAGAUGUCAAUACAUACUUUUGCCAUGACAUUCAGUUAGCAGAAAAGAAUCUUCCCGCAGCAAAUAUCGAAAUUCAUGCCAAGACCCUUUCUGUGAGCAUUAUCAACAAUCUUUGUCUCUUACCAAUUACACACUUGAAUCUUUUGAUAUUGUUAUCUCAUAAAGGCUACACUGAUUGCCAAAUUAUCGAAUUUUUAGUGAAAAGCGUCUUGAUACCACAAAUCAGCAUGUUACUCAAUGCAUCUCAUUUCUCAAACCAUAUCAAUGCGUUUAUCAAAGUCGCCGAGCGCUCAAUAGAAAUUUGCAAAUCGAAUCCUUCGAAAAAUCCUGUUUUUUACAAUAUAGCUUCUAUCGUUGACAUUCCAGCCAGAUCAUCAGAUUUCGAACAGCAUUACAUCAGAUACAUUUCUACUAUCCUAGAUGCUUGUAUUUUGUUUGCAUCAGCAAAUAAAUGCAUUGAAUUACCGAAGAUAUUAGUCAAACUCGGAUUAAGUAUCUCUGAUAAAUCAUACAUCCCUAUCAUACUUAAAAUGUAUCCGAAAAUGUUACCUGCAGUGACAAUUAACAAAAUGACAAAAAAUGUUGUUUUCGAAAAGCCAAAUUUGCAAGCACCGGAAUACUUAAUACCAGCAUUUGAACGCGUUUGGAGAUACAUUGAUAUCAAUUCUAUGUCACAAAACCUUACAGUUCAAAAUUGGUGCAACCAGAACCCACAAGUGUCUUCAAAGUUCAACAAACAAUUUGCUAAAGACCUUACAGGACUCUGUGAAGAAUGCGUGACCAAAAUUACCGAUGGAAAACAACCAUGUGAAAAAUGUCAGAAAAUUUUGAAUGACAGGCCACAGAUAUCAUUUGCUGACUACCUAUGCGCUCACGAAUACAACCAAGUCAUUAAACAAUCCCAGGACUUCGAAAAAAUGAUACAAUUGAAGUCAUCUUUGAAUCUCCUUAAGAAAUGGAUUUCUAACGUUGACAGGCUAUAUGACAAGACUGUUCUCAGUAUUGAACAGAAGCAGAUCAUGAAAUUCGUGAAAUCAAGCGGAUUCAAAAACGCAACUUUUUCCAAUUUCAUUUCUCAGUUUGGAGAUGUUCUAAAUACUCCACAUGCUUCAAUCCUCUUCUUAGCUACUAAGUACGAAAUGAUUUUGGAGAAUUUUUAUACAAAUAAUGUCAGAAACGUGGUUUCUCGAUUAAAAGAACAAUGGAGAUAUCAUAUGGAUACAUCUCUAACAAGAAUUGAGCUCCCUCCAUGCUUUUCUGGCGUAGGAGUCACUAAAACAAAGAGAUUAUUGAUAAAUCAGUACUAUAUGAGAAUUUCCAUCGGUUUAGAGAGUAUUUCUUUGGUUCCUCUCCACAAGAGAUUCCUUUAUAUCAUAUCAAUGGUCGAUUACGUUGCAAAACUUGAAGAUGUUUUGAAGAGCGGAGACAUGGUUCUCAAACACGCCCUAAAGAAUUGCAACAAUGAUGAUUUGAUAUAUUCCAUCUGCAUGAUCUCAGCGACUCUUGGAAAAUCAGUCGAUUUCAUCGAUGCAUUAACUUCAAGAGAAAGACAAGUAUGGCUUAACCUCGAAAAUAUUGUGAUUAAGCUGAUUGAUAAGGAUGAGGAGCUCCGAAAAUCAUAUUAUCAAUUCCAAAAUGAAAUUUUUAAUCACGUUAAGAAAUAUGUUUGA